AAGAUGAUAAUAUCGAUUGGGAACUUAUUACAAAACAACUUGAAACUAAAUUACGAACUUCAACAGAUAUUAUUCAAUUAUCAUCGGAUGAAAAUUAUUAUACCAAGUCACCAUCAACAAAAUCAAAGAACUAUAGAUCUCAUCCAAUAACUAAUUAUGAACCUGCAGACAUUCAACAAUCAUUAUCAUUAUCAUCAUCAUUAUCAAUAGCAUCACAAAAUGAUGACGAUAUGAUUCUUUAUUCAGAAGUAUCUAUGAAAAAACAAAGCAUAAAAAUAAAUGAAGAAAAAUCUAUAACAGAUGAAAUCGAAACGAAUCAAUCAACAUUAUCAAAGAAUAGUGAUCAAUCAUCUUUAUUACAUGAAUUAUUUAACGAAUUAAUUGCUUGUCAACAGAAACAAGCAGUUCUAUUAAAACAAAUUCAACAAAUAAUUAAACAAUCAAAACAAAUAUCUUCAUCAUCAUUAACAUUUUUUUUACCUUUAAAUUCAUUAAAUAAUAAUAAUAAUAAUAAUAGUGAAGAUAGUCCAUCUUUACAAGAUGCAUUUCAACAACGAAAAUCUUCAUUUAUUCAACAAUCAAAAGAGCGUGUUAAUCAAAUUUAUCGUCAUAAUACUAAAUAUCAUCAUCGUAUUAUACCAAAUAUAAAAACAACAAACAAUACAUAUUUAAAACAAAAACGACAAUAUGAAAAUGAUCGUUUAUGUGCAAUGAUAAUAAAACAUCAAAAUCGACAGAAUGCAAAAAUUUAUGGAAAUUUAAUUAAAAAUUCAAUUGUAUCAUAA